AUGGCGGCGGCGCCCCCAGGAGCCUUCCCAGGGGUGAUUGAGCCCCCAGCUGCCAUCCCAGGGGCAGCGGCGCCUCCAGGAACCCUCCUAGGGGCGGUAGCGCCCCCCAAGGGCCUUCCCAGCGUCGACAGUGCCCCCAGGGGCCCUCUCAAGGGCAGCGGCAUCUCCAGCGACCCUGCUAGGGUCAGUAGCGCCUCCAAGGGCCCUAUAGUCGGCGGCGACGCCCCCAGGUGCCCUUUCAAGGGCGGCGGCGCUUCCAGCGAUCAUCCCAGGGGACCUCCCAGGGGUAGUGGCGCCCCCAUUGACUCUUCCUGGGGCUGUGGCUUCCACAGGGACCCUCCAAGGGGCGGCGACAUCCCCAAAACCCUCUCAGAGAUGUGA